ACAACACACGUCUUUCACUUCCGCUUCUUUUCUCUUGAGAAUUUUAAUUAGUGUUUCUUUUGCAGUGCUCUGAUUAAAGUGUUUUCGAUUCAGAUCCACCAUUGCAGCCAACGAUGAGUUCUCCGACUAGUUGCCGGUGAAUUGGGUAUAUGGUUGAUCACAAACUUUAUUGAUGCUUUCAGACUGCACAUACUCCAUGGCUUUCACCAAAGGUUUUGGCGUCUACGGGUUCGUUUUGUAGUGUUGCCUUAUCAGGUUUUGUUUACGUCUUCAACAACGGCUUUACUAUUUGAUAUUGAAAGAAAAAAUGAAGGGAGGUUUUUGUUUUAUCCGUUGCUGGUUAGAGAGGAUUUGAAGCAGCGCUAGCUGCCGAGGUCUGGUGAUGGACACCUAUUCCUCUGGAGAAGACUUGAUUAUUAAGACGAGGAAGCCUUAUACAAUCACUAAGCAACGAGAGCGAUGGACAGAGGAGGAGCAUAAUAGGUUUCUAGAAGCCCUGAAGCUCUAUGGACGUUGGCAACGCAUAGAAGGAACAAAGACUGCUGUGCAGAUCAGAAGUCAUGCUCAAAAGUUCUUUUAAGGUCAAUCGCUGGAGAAGGAGGCUCAUUCCAAAGGAGUUCCAAUAGGACAAGCUAUUGACAUUGACAUUCCUCCUCCUCGCCCCAAAAGAAAACCACAUAAUCCUUAUCCCCGGAAGACCUACACAGCUGCUUCCACAUUGCAAGUUGGGACGAGGGAUGUGAAAACUCCAAAGCCAGUUUCUUCUCUGCGUUGUAAACAACUACUGGACUUGGAAAAAGAACCAAUUUCUGAGAAACUUGAUGGAGAUGAGAAGCUAACUAAUACAAAAGAAAAUCAGGAUGACAAUUGCUCAGAAGUCUUUACCCUACAACAAGAAGCUCACUGUUCCUCUGUUUCUUCAGUAAACAAAAACUCUAUACCAAAACCACUGGGGCUCAGAAACUCAUGCACUUUUAGGGAUUUUGUUCCUGUGCUGAAAGAGGUAGCAAAUCAGGAUGAAACAUAUGAAUCCCACGUCACAGUUGAACUUAAGGGAAAUGAAAAGAUUGAUAAACCUGAUGCCAAACAGGCUUUUCAGGACAAUCGCACAAGUAAGGCAUCGACCUUGGAAAACUCUAGCCGAGGACAUGAGAUAGUUCAAGGUGAGAAAACAAAUGACUUUAAAGAUGCAUUGCAGACAGAUGAGAUGCAAGCUACACUUAACUACCCUAGGCAUGUUUCUGUGCACAUCUUAGAUGAGAGCCUUGGAACAGGUACUCAAUCUCCUUCAGAUAUGCCAAUGCAAGAGUCCAUAUUUCACCCCACGGGAGAAGUUCAUGUAAAUCCUAAUUUAUUCACAAAUUCAGCUGCAUCUGCUACUAAUGAACAUCAGAGUAAUGUUCCAUCAUCAACUCAUCCAUCAUUUCCAUCUUUUCAUCCUCCCUUUACCCCGAUUCACCAAAAUCAAGAUGACUAUAGAUCAAUUCUCCACAUCUCCUCCACCUUUUCAAAUCUUGUUGUGUCUACUCUGUUACAAAACCCUGCAGCCCAUGCUGCAGCAAGCUUUGCAGCAACAUUUUGGCCUUAUGCAAGUGUGGGAAAUUUUGCAGAUUCUCCUGCAUGUCCACAGGGAGGCUUUCCAUCUAGACAAAUGAACUCUGCUCCAAGUAUGGCAGCUGUAGCAGCUGCCACUGUAGCAGCCGCCACUGCAUGGUGGGCAGCCCAUGGACUGCUUCCCUUGUGUGCUCCUCUUCAUGCUGCUUUUACCUGCCCUCCAUCUACAACAGCAGUUCCAUCAAUGGAUCCUGGUCAAGCUCCAGCAGCCAAAACAGAGAGAAAAGAGAAUACUACUCCAAAUCCUCCCUUGGAUGAUCAUCAGCUGGAGCCAGAAUAUUCUGAGGCUUUGCAAGCUCAGCAUUCAGCCUGUAAAUCACCUGUUGUAUCAACAUCGGACUCUGAAGAGAGUGCAAGUGCAAAGCUUAAUGCUGGAUCAAAAGCUGCUGAACAUGAGAAGGCUGCUGAAGAAAAUGUGCUUAAUGAUUCAGACAAAACAAAGAACAGAAAACAAGUGGACCGCUCCUCGUGUGGUUCGAACACACCUUCUAGCAGUGAAGUUGAGACAGACGCACUUGAAAAGCAUGAGAAAGGCAAAGAAGAAUCAAAAGAAGAAUCAAAAGAAGAUGAUCCAAACCAACCGGCCGCUGAUUGUAGUACUCGUCGCACUAGAAGCAGCAUCAACGUUAGCGAUUCUUGGAAGGAAGUUUCUGAAGGGGGACGGCUGGCAUUUCAAGCACUCUUCUCCAGGGAGGUAUUGCCACAAAGCUUUUCACCUCCAUAUGAUAUGAAGGACAUGCCACAGAAGGAUAACACAGAAGUAGAUAAGCAAAAUGGCAAAGAUAAAGAUGGAGGAGAUGCAUCAACUUUAGAUCUGAACACCAAGACAUGGGCUUCAUGUUGUGGCGAACAAGAGAUGGAGAAUAUUGCAAUGUGUAGAGGCGAGAAGAAUGGGGAGGAGGGGCUGCUGACAUUUGCAAUUGGAUAUGGAAAGCUGAAGAGUCGUCGAACAGGUUUUAAACCAUACAAAAGGUGUUCAGUGGAGGCUAAGGAAAACAGACUAGUUAAUUUGAGCAACCAAACUGAAGAAAAAGGCCCAAAGAGGAUACGUUUGGAAGGAGAGGCCUCGAACUUAGAGAUUUGAUGUAAGCAUGCAAUUAAGCAAAGGAAACUUUUGUUACUUUGCAUGUAUUUCUAAUUUUCCCCUUUAUCUAUUUUCCUUUGGUGUUUAAUAUCAGGUCGUGUAGGUGUGUGUACUAUAUUUGCUUUGCUACAUUGGCUCAUUUACUUUCUGGAACUCUUGCAACUAUGUUUAAAUCUCUUUUUAAUAGACAGAGUCAGCCAAGACUCAUUAAGUAUUGAAUGGGCCCUGAUCUGCCUUCUUAGCCCCAAA